CGAGAUUCUGGGGCCAAAUGGUGAAAAAACUGAAAAUCCAGACACAAGCAGUCAAGCACACUGGUUUGGCGGUUUUUUCUUUCUGGUAAGAAGUCUAGAAUAGAAGAGAGUUUGGGUUUGAUUGGGACUUCGUUUUGGCAACGUCAGUCGCUCUUCUACUUGCAGGCCUUCGCUGCCUUUCCCGCUUUUCGUUUCUUCUUCUGCUUCUGCAAUCUGCAUCUGCUCUUGAUUUUAUUUCUCCCCAUGCAAUCCUUUCUGUUUGGGUGUUUAAGAAAUGGGAUUUCUUAGUAGUUUAUUGGGUAUUCUCGGUUUCGGAAUCGGGAUUCCGGUUGGGCUUUUGGUGGGUUACUUUCUGUUCAUCUACUUCGAGCCCAGAGAUGUGAAGGAUCCAAUUAUUAGGACACUUAGUGAAUUAGAUUCAAAUGCUUUGGAUGAUGUGCUAUCCGAGAUUCCACUAUGGGUGAAGAGUCCUGACUAUGAUCGAGUCGAUUGGAUGAACAGGUUCAUUUUUUAUAUGUGGCCCUACCUGAAUAAGGCAAUAUGUAGAACAAUAAGAUGCAUGGCAGCGCCAAUAUUUGCAGAGUACAUUGGGAAAUUUCAGAUACAAUCAAUUGAAUUUGAAACUCUAACUCUGGGAACUCUUCCUCCUAUUAUUCAUGGGAUUAAAGUAUAUGAAACCAAUGAGAAUGCACUUGUCAUUGAACCUGCAGUUAGAUGGGCUGGCAAUUGCAACAUAACUCUGGUGCUAAAAUUGUUGUCUUUACAAAUCACUGUGCAGUUGGUGGAUAUACAAAUAUUUGCUACACCACGCAUAACUUUGAAGCCUCUCGUGCCAACCUUUCCAUGCUUUUCAAGCAUAAUUUUGUCUUUGAUGGAGAAGCCCCAUGUGGACUUCGGAAUGAAAGUGCUAGGAGGUGAUAUCAUGGCCAUCCCUGGCUUUUAUCAUUUUGUUCAGGAAAUUAUUAAAAAACAAAUUGCAAUCCUCUAUCUGUGGCCCCAAAUCCUUGAAAUCUCCAUUCUUGAUGGUUCAAUAGGGGCAGCAAAUAAGCCUGUUGGCAUAUUACAUGUGAGGGUUGUACGGGCUCUCAAGCUCAUGAAGAUGGAUUUCUUGGGAACAUCUGAUCCAUAUGUUAAACUCAGAUUGAGUGGUGAAAGGCUUCCAGCAAAGAAAACCACAGUCAAGAUGAGGAACUUAAAUCCUGAGUGGAACGAGGCUUUUAAACUUAUUGUGAAAGAUCCUGAGUCUCAAGUCCUUCAAUUACAUGUCUAUGACUGGGACAAGGUUGGGACACAUGACAAAUUAGGGAUGCAAGUAGUUCCCCUGAGAUCAUUGGUUCCACAUGAGGCAAAAGAAUUUACUCUUGAUCUUCUCAAGAACACAAAUCCAAAUGAUCCUCAAAACAAGAAGCAAAGAGGGAAAAUUAUGGUUGUGCUGACGUUCAAUCCUUUCAAAGAAGACAAUAACAGAUUUAGUGGGCAUCUGGAUAUAUAUAGCAGGAAGGAAAGUGAUACCAGUAUGUUAUAUGAAGACGUUCACUUCAGUGAGGCAGGGUUGCUUUUAGUUAUAGUCCAUGGUGCCAACGAUGUUGAGGGAAAGCAUCACAAUAACCCUUAUGCUAUGGUCCUUUAUAAAGGAGAGAAGAAGAAAACUAAGCUGAAGAAGAAAACUCGAGACCCAUAUUGGAAUGAAGAAUUCCAGUUCAUGCUAGAUGAGGCUCCAUUAAAUGAAAAGAUUUAUAUUGAAGUUAUUAGUAAGCAGACAGGCAUUGGCUUCAGAAGAAAGGAAUCUUUGGGACAUGUGCACAUCAAUCUUACUGAUGUUGUGAACAAUGGACGCACCAAUGAGAAAUACCAUCUAAUCAAUUCAAAGAAUGGAGUGAUACACAUAGAGAUGCGUUGGAAUAAAAUCUGAAGUUGGUUCAAAGCUGCACUGUAAAUUCCUCAUUUUUUAGUGGUUUGUCUAUAGACAUUUUCAAAUUAUUUCUAUUAUAAAUGGGCUAAUUUUUUCA